ACAUACAAGAUGUGAAGGAGUAUAUGCGUGCUCAUGCGCCGCUAGCCAUGGCAGAAAGUAGCCGUACACUAUUUGGCAGUUCCGUGGGAAGGCGAGACGUCCUUGGCAUUUCGAUUAAUAUACAUUCUAACGUUGAUUUCUACAAUACAGAUACGUUGUCGUUGGCACGUGGCGUAAGCAAGCAGUCUUUCAGUACGCGCUUUCUGGGUGGCAGUCAACCAUGGCCGAGGAUUGCGCGCAGCAGGUCUUCAUCAAAUAUGCCAGUAUUGGAAAGACAGGGGUGACCCUUGCUAAUGCAACAGUAGAUGGCGCUAAGUUUGCAAAGCUGUGCCGAGAGAGCAGGCUGGUGUGCGGGGCCCUAACGCCCAUGGAUGUGGAGGCCAUCUAUUUGCGCGUAUCAAAGGGCUUUUCUCGCAUCAAUUACGAGACCUUCCUCAAGGCGCUCGCCGAGAUCGCCGCCAUCAAAAAGGUUUCCCUGGACGCGCUCUUCAACAAGCUGGCGGAGGUGGACCCGCUGGCGGCUACCACCAAGGCCGACUAUGUACGGCACCACGAUGACAAGAGUACCUACACGGGUGUCUACCGCCACGGCGGCCCCCGCCACGCCGCCGGAGCCAAGUAAGGGGAAGGGAAGAACCCCAAACCCAACCAACCGCACUGCCUUCUUACUGCUACCGUUAGGCGGUUGGCUGUUAGCCGUACUUCCUUCACAGAUGAGCUGUGUGGUUGCGUGCGAGUAACAGGGUUCGCGUUUGAGGUUGUUAGCGGGGCGGGGGUGUCAUUUUUUGGGGUUAGGGCGAUGGGGAGGAGGGUUGAGUACACGCGUGUUGGCGGGGUGGGUGUGUGAACACCUCGCGGAGCAACACGUGAUGCAGGAUAUGCGUGUGGAGGUGGGUGGCCAGGGGAGCUAUUUAGGGGGCAGGUUGUCUUCUUGUGGGCGUUUUUUCAGCUUGUCUGCUGUUCGUGUGCGUGUGUCUGCAACAGCUUAGUCUAUUACUGCGGCUGCCGCUAGUCGUUCAAGCACCGCUGUUCCAAUAAAUAAGCUUGCGGCUUCCCAAGCUCAUGCAACGGCAGUCCGGUUUCGAAGCGCGCGUCCAUAGCUUUGGUUGGAGUGCACCUGGACCGCGAGACGUUGGGGCGACGCCCGUCUCCCUUCGAGCGUAUGACCAGGUUGUUGUGACCAGUCGGUUGGAGGCCCUGCUGGGUGGUUGUAAGUUGUGCGUGCGUGCUCCUGGACUUGGCGUGCGUUACGUCGCCUUCACUGGUGUCGUUGUGUGCGUGCAGUUUGGUUGUGCAGUUGCCCGGCGAGUUGCUUUGAUAACCUGUGCGCGUUGACUGUCCGUUUACCAUGACCGCAUGGGAGGCACGGGCGUACGGCUGCGGGCACGUUGCCCAGCGGGCACGUGACGUAUGUGCUGAGCGGCUUCGUCUGUUUGCUUGCUCAUGCUGCGGCGAAGCAGCACCAGCUAACAGACAGCAAUAGCUAUUACAGCAUUUGCUGCGGCCGAGCCGCCUUAGCGUGCCCUUGCGGACCUUCAUGCUAGCGAGCGGUUUCUGGGUUGCGAGGAUCUGUGUGCCUGGUAGCUGCUUGGGUGGGUGUUGAGUGGUGUAUACAUCUUGCGGCUGGUGUGUGUGUGUGUGUGCUGCUGUGUGUGUGCCCCAUGGUGACGACGUGUGUAACUUAUGUGGUAAAGGACGCGCGUCGAUUGACAUGAUGACAUACCUACCAUGGUGGGGUGGGACUUCAGGUGUGUGCCUGUGUGGUGCGGUGGCCGUCGAGGGUGCGAACCCAAUGGACAGGGAAAGGAGCCCUGGCAGCUCUGCAGUGCUUCCAGCGCGCGCGUGUGGUUUCAGGGAGACCUUUCCUACACGCACGGUUGUGUACUAUGGCAUGACGUGAUUAGUUAAGUAAGAUCCCCCUGAUCCCCGUGUAGUGUCGUAUUCAUUAUCGGCCAAUGGCGCGGCAUUUGUGUACGGCAAAAAAGUGUCAGUGGUAGUAUUACGACAUAACUCCUUUCAGUUGUUGCCUUACGAUGAUGAUUCUGGACGGUGUGAAGUUGACCCAUACAUCAUCAUGCUCGUGUGGCCCCCGGUGUUUGCCUCGCCGCGGUUAACCAUGCGUGUUCUUAUGCGCGCGAGAAGGCGAUGAACAGGCUGUGCGGCGCAAACGAAUCCCCAAGGGAAUAAACGGCAACGGCCUCUUGUGACUGAUUUCUGGGGGGCGCGAGUUGUUCUAUAACACGGGAAUAGGAGGUGUGGGGUAACGGAAUUACGCAAACCGCGGACGGUGGGUUGUUGCCAGGGCAGAGUGCACAGUCGACAUCCCUAAGUUGACUUUUGCUUGCAACCUUAUCCAAUAAAAUUGACUCGCCUCCUCUGCGAACUCUUCCACGGUGCGGCGUGGCGCGGCGUUUGCUGCGUUGCUUCGGGGCUCGAUGGCGGUGUGUGCGCAGAAUCGUUGCGUGUGCGUGUUUGUGGUGCGGGCGGAAUGGGUUUUCGGAGUGCGUGUUUAAACCCCGGUUGCGUACGUCGUGGUGGUGUACCUGUUCUGCAUUUGCGGUGCUGUCCCUGAGCUCCAGCCGUGAGGUGUAUGCAAGCAGCUGCGCGCCGGAAAGAACUUUGGGAACUAUCAAUCCGCCUCCUUUUCUGUGUAAGAAUUGGGACUGAC